AUGAAAUCAUUCGGACUAGCUUUGAUUAAUAAAUUAAAUAAAAAUUCAACUAAUGCUAAAACACAGAUUGACUAUUGCUUCGCUAAUGUGAAUGGCUGGAAAUGUGAUUAUUUUGAAAGUCUAAGAAGUUUUCAUAAACCAUUAUGGAUAAGAAAACAUGAAAUUGUGAGUCAAUUUCAUGUUGAUGAAAACGAACAGAUUCGUACAGAUAUGCAUUUGAAUCUUGGAGAUCUUAGCAUUGAUGAUCGCUCUAACUGGAUGGACAUCGACGACCAAUCUUCUUUCGAACAAACUCAUACAGAUAUAUCUUUUAAUAUUAAGGAUUUUCACACCGAUGAUCAACCAGAGAUAAUGGAAAUUGUUGAACAAUCUUUUUUUGAAAAUUAUGAAAUGACUGAUGAAGAAAAGGAUCAAAUCCAUACAGAUAUAUCUUUUAACUUGAAAGAACUUAAAACUGAUGGUCUAUGUGCUUCAACGAUAUUUAACGAGAAAUCUCCUAUCGAAACUUACGAAAUUGUUGAUUUAAAUACGAGAAGGAUUCUUGAUCACUUUCUUCUUGUACUUGAUUCUAAUAAUACAACAGACACUGAUCAUAUUUCUAAUCAAGCUCGAAUAAUCAAUGAUUUGAUUGAAAAAUCACCAUUUAUAACUGUGCACAAUAAAGACCUAUCUGUACGAUUAAAGCCAAAAACGGAAUAUUCUGUUCAAGAACUUGAUUCAGUUUAUGCUAGAACUCGCUCAACUGGAGAUGGCAAUUGUUUAUAUAGUUCUCUUUCGAUAAUGAAUAUCGGGUCUGAAAAACUAAUGCAUUCAAUGAGAUUGUUGGCAGUCAAUGCAAUGAUUAAUAAACAGUUGAAAAGAACUGCUAUGGAUACAAUAUGGGGUGGAGAAGUUCACACUCAAGCGCUUUCUAUAGCUCUAUUUCAUGCUAUCUAUUCAUAUAUCCAGUUUAAUAGCGAUCCACAAAAUAGACAUUAUAUUUCAUCGAGUAUUGAAUUACAAGAACUAGUUGAUCGAUUUGUUAAAGGGACAGCAGGCGGUCAUUUAAAAUACAUAGGAUAUAAAUCCGAUAUGAAUAAAUUAGGAUUUUGUCUUUAUUACAGCGGUAUUCUCUAUGAUGCUCUUUUACCUUUUCAAGAUAAUCCUCAACAAUUUUUGCCACACUUUGACUUGAUUAAUAUGAGUUUAUAA